AUGUGGGGGCGGCCUGAAGAGGAGCGGGGCCAGCGCGGGAGGCACCGGCGGGUGGGGUCUGGGGACCCGGAGGCGGGGGCCGAGGGCGGGAAGGGGCCGGGCCGGCGCUGGGGGCGGGACCAGGCGCGGUGGCGGUGGCGGGGGCUGCGGCGCGGGGGGCGGGGCAGCCGGGCCCGGGACACCCCCUCCCGGUCCCCUGGCGGGGCGGCUUCGGCUCCGGCAGCACUGGAGGCAGCAGCGGCUACAGGACUUGCGGGGCGCGUCCGCCGCGGUGAACCGGGACGCUUCCCCUCCGGGACCCUCCGCCGCACGUCCCGCGGGAGCCGGCGGGACCCCGGGCCGGCAGGGAGUGCCGGCGGCGUCCGCGGCACCAUGAGGCGGCGGUGGGGCGCGCUGCUGCUUGGCGCCCUGCUCUGCGCACACGGCCUAGCCAGCAGCCUCGAGUGUGCUUGUGGUCGGAGCCACUUCACCUGCGCAGUGAGUGCCCUUGGCGAAUGCACCUGUAUCCCCGCCCAGUGGCAGUGUGACGGAGACAAUGACUGUGGGGACCACAGCGAUGAGGACGGAUGUAUGCUGCCCACCUGCUCCCCUCUUGACUUUCACUGUGACAACGGCAAGUGCAUCCGCCGUUCCUGGGUGUGUGAUGGGGACAACGAUUGCGAGGACGACUCCGACGAGCAGGACUGUCCCCCCAGGGAGUGUGAGGAGGACGAAUUCCCCUGCCAGAACGGCUACUGCAUCCGGAGCCUGUGGCACUGUGACGGUGACAAUGAUUGCGGUGACAACAGCGAUGAGCAGUGUGACAUGCGCAAGUGCUCUGACAAGGAAUUCCGCUGCAGUGAUGGAAGCUGUAUCGCUGAACACUGGUACUGUGACGGUGACACGGAUUGCAAAGAUGGCUCUGACGAGGAAAGCUGUCCCUCAGCAGUGCCAGCGCCCCCCUGCAACCUAGAAGAGUUCCAGUGUGCCUACGGCCGCUGCAUCCUGGACAUAUACCACUGUGACGGUGACGACGACUGUGGAGACUGGUCGGACGAGUCUGACUGCUCCUCCCACCAGCCCUGCCGCUCUGGGGAGUUCAUGUGUGACAGUGGCCUGUGCAUCAAUGCAGGCUGGCGCUGUGAUGGCGACGCAGACUGUGAUGACCAAUCUGACGAGCGCAACUGCACCACCUCCAUGUGCACAGCAGAACAGUUCCGCUGUCGGUCAGGCCGCUGCGUCCGCCUGUCCUGGCGCUGCGAUGGGGAGGACGAUUGUGCAGACAACAGUGAUGAAGAGAACUGCGAGAACACAGGAAGCCCGCAGUGUGCCUCGGACCAGUUCCUGUGUUGGAACGGGCGCUGCAUCGGACACAGGAAGCUGUGCAAUGGGGCUAAUGACUGCGGUGACAGCAGCGACGAGAGCCCACAGCAGAGCUGCCGGCCUCGGACGGGUGAGGAGAACUGCAAUGUUAACAACGGUGGCUGUGCCCAGAAGUGCCAGAUGGUGCGGGGGGCAGUGCAGUGUACCUGCCACACAGGCUACCGGCUCACAGAGGACGGACGCAUGUGCCAUGAUGUGAAUGAAUGUGCUGAGGAAGGUUAUUGCAGCCAGGGCUGCACCAACAGCGAAGGGGCUUUCCAGUGCUGGUGUGAGGCAGGCUACGAACUCCGGCCCGACCGGCGCAGCUGCAAGGCCCUGGGGCCGGAGCCUGUGCUGCUGUUUGCCAAUCGCAUUGACAUACGGCAGGUGCUGCCGCACCGCUCUGAGUACACACUGCUGCUCAACAACCUGGAGAACGCCAUCGCCCUUGACUUCCAUCACCGGCGCGAGCUUGUCUUCUGGUCGGACGUCACCCUGGACCGAAUCCUCCGGGCCAACCUCAAUGGCAGCAAUGUGGAGGAGGUUGUGUCUACGGGGCUCGAGAGCCCAGGAGGCCUGGCUGUGGAUUGGGUCCAUGACAAACUCUACUGGACAGACUCAGGGACAUCAAGGAUUGAGGUGGCCAACCUGGACGGGGCCCACCGGAAGGUGCUACUUUGGCAGAACCUCGAGAAGCCCCGGGCCAUUGCCUUACACCCCAUGGAGGGUACCAUUUACUGGACAGACUGGGGCAACACCCCCCGCAUCGAAGCCUCCAGCAUGGAUGGCUCUGGACGCCGCAUCAUUGCUGAUACCCAUCUCUUCUGGCCCAAUGGCCUCACCAUUGACUACGCCGGGCGUCGGAUGUACUGGGUGGACGCUAAGCACCAUGUCAUCGAGAGGGCCAAUCUGGACGGGAGUCACCGCAAGGCUGUCAUUAGCCAGGGCCUCCCGCACCCCUUUGCCAUCACAGUGUUUGAAGACAGCCUGUACUGGACAGACUGGCAUACCAAGAGCAUCAAUAGUGCUAACAAAUUUACUGGCAAGAACCAGGAGAUCAUUCGCAACAAACUCCACUUCCCCAUGGACAUCCACACCUUACAUCCCCAGCGCCAGCCUGCAGGGAAAAACCGCUGUGGGGACAACAACGGAGGCUGCACCCACCUGUGUCUGCCCAGUGGCCAGAACUACACCUGUGCCUGCCCCACUGGCUUCCGCAAGAUCAGCAGCCACGCCUGUGCCCAGAGUCUUGACAAGUUCCUGCUUUUUGCCCGAAGGAUGGACAUCCGUCGGAUCAGCUUUGACACAGAGGACCUGUCCGACGAUGUCAUCCCACUGGCUGACGUGCGCAGUGCUGUGGCCCUUGACUGGGACUCCCGGGAUGACCACGUGUACUGGACAGAUGUCAGCACUGACACCAUCAGCAGGGCCAAGUGGGAUGGAACAGGACAGGAGGUGGUAGUGGAUACCAGUUUGGAGAGCCCAGCAGGCUUGGCCAUUGAUUGGGUCACCAACAAGCUGUACUGGACAGAUGCAGGGACAGACCGGAUCGAAGUGGCCAACACAGAUGGCAGCAUGAGGACAGUGCUCAUCUGGGAGAACCUUGAUCGUCCCCGGGACAUUGUGGUGGAACCCAUGGGCGGGUACAUGUAUUGGACUGACUGGGGUGCAAGCCCUAAGAUUGAACGAGCUGGCAUGGAUGCCUCCGGCCGCCAGGUCAUCAUCUCCUCCAAUCUGACCUGGCCUAAUGGAUUAGCCAUUGACUAUGGGUCCCAGCGGCUGUACUGGGCUGAUGCUGGCAUGAAGACAAUUGAAUUUGCUGGACUGGAUGGCAGCAAGAGGAAGGUUCUGAUUGGAAGCCAGCUCCCCCACCCAUUUGGGCUGACCCUCUACGGAGAGCGCAUCUACUGGACGGACUGGCAAACCAAGAGCAUACAGAGUGCUGACCGGCUAACGGGGCUGGACCGGGAGACCCUGCAGGAGAAUUUGGAGAACCUCAUGGACAUUCAUGUCUUCCACCGCCGGCGGCCCCCAGUGUCCACGCCAUGUUCUGUGGAGAAUGGCGGCUGCAGCCACUUGUGUCUUCGGUCCCCAAAUCCGAGCGGCUUCCGCUGUACCUGUCCCACGGGCAUCAACCUGAUGCCUGAUGGCAAGACCUGUUCACCAGGCAUGAACAGUUUCCUCAUCUUCGCCAGGAGGAUAGACGUGCGCAUGGUCUCCUUGGACAUCCCUUACUUUGCCGAUGUGGUGGUACCAAUCAACAUUACCAUGAAGAACACGAUUGCCAUUGGAGUGGAUCCCCAGGAAGGAAAAGUGUACUGGUCGGACAGCACGCUGCACAGGAUCAGCCGUGCCAAUCUGGAUGGCUCACAGCAUGAGGACAUCAUCACGACAGGGCUGCAAACCACAGAUGGGCUCGCCGUGGAUUCUAUUGGCCGGAAAGUCUACUGGACAGACACGGGAACCAACCGGAUUGAAGUGGGCAACCUAGACGGGUCCAUGAGGAAAGUGUUGGUGUGGCAGAACCUUGACAGCCCCCGAGCUAUUGUCCUGUACCAUGAGAUGGGCUUCAUGUACUGGACAGACUGGGGAGAAAAUGCCAAGUUGGAGCGGUCUGGAAUGGACGGCUCAGACCGGGUCGUGCUCAUCAAUAACAAUCUCGGGUGGCCCAAUGGGCUGACUGUGGACAAGGCCAGCUCCCAACUGCUCUGGGCUGAUGCCCACACUGAGCGCAUUGAGGCCGCCGACCUGAAUGGUGCCAAUAGGCACACGCUGGUGUCACCUGUGCAGCACCCAUAUGGCCUCACACUGCUUGACUCCUAUAUCUACUGGACUGACUGGCAGACUCGUAGCAUUCACCGUGCGGACAAGGGUACUGGCAGCAAUGUCAUCCUGGUGAGGUCCAACCUGCCGGGCCUCAUGGACAUCCAGGCCGUGGACCGAGCACAGCCACUGGGUUUUAACAAAUGCGGCUCGAGAAAUGGUGGCUGCUCCCACCUCUGCUUGCCUCGGCCCUCUGGCUUCUCCUGUGCCUGCCCCACCGGCAUCCAGCUGAAGGGAGAUGGAAAGACCUGCGAUCCCUCUCCUGAGACCUAUCUGCUCUUCUCCAGCCGCGGAUCCAUCCGGCGUAUCUCACUGGACACCAGUGACCACACAGAUGUGCAUGUCCCUGUCCCCGAGCUCAACAAUGUCAUCUCCCUGGACUAUGACAGUGUGGAUGGAAAGGUCUAUUACACAGAUGUGUUCCUAGACGUUAUCAGGCGAGCAGAUCUGAAUGGCAGCAACAUGGAGACAGUGAUUGGGCAUGGGCUGAAGACCACCGAUGGGCUGGCAGUGGACUGGGUGGCCAGGAAUCUGUACUGGACAGAUACAGGCCGAAAUACCAUUGAAGCAUCGAGGCUAGACGGCUCCUGCCGCAAAGUGCUGGUCAACAAUAGCCUGGAUGAGCCUCGGGCCAUCGCCGUUUUCCCCAGGAAGGGGUACCUCUUCUGGACAGACUGGGGCCACAUUGCCAAGAUUGAGCGGGCGAACCUGGACGGCUCUGAGCGGAAGGUCGUCAUCAAUACCGACUUGGGUUGGCCCAACGGCCUUACCCUGGACUAUGACACCCGCAGGAUCUACUGGGUGGAUGCACAUCUGGACCGGAUUGAGAGUGCUGACCUCAGCGGGAAGCUCCGGCAGGUCUUGGUCAGCCAUGUGUCCCACCCCUUUGCCCUCACUCAGCAGGACAGGUGGAUCUACUGGACAGACUGGCAGACCAAGUCAAUCCAGCGUGUUGAUAAGUACUCAGGUCGGAACAAGGAGACAGUGUUGGCGAAUGUGGAAGGACUCAUGGAUAUCAUUGUGGUUUCCCCUCAGCGGCAGACAGGGACCAAUGCCUGUGGUGUGAACAACGGUGGCUGCACCCACCUCUGCUUUGCCAGAGCCUUGGACCUUGUAUGUGCCUGUCCUGAUGAGCCCGACGGCCGGCCCUGCUCCCUUGUACCUGGCCUGCUGCCCCCAGCUCCCAGGGCUACCAGCAUGAGUGAAAGGAACCCAGUGCUAACCAACACACUACCUACCACCUUGCGUUCUUCUACCACUCGGACCCGCACAUCUCUGGAGGAAGUGGAAGGAAGAUGCUCUGAAAAGGAUGCUCAGCUGGGUCUCUGUGCACAUUCCAAUGAGGCCAUACCUGCUGCUCCAGGGGAAGGACUUCAUGUCAGCUAUGUCAUCGGUGGACUCCUCAGUAUUCUGCUGAUUCUGCUGGUGAUUGCAGCUUUGAUGCUGUACAGACAUAAAAAAUCCAAGUUAACUGAUCCUGGAAUGGGGAACCUGACCUACAGCAACCCCUCCUACCGAACUUCCACCCAGGAAGUGAAAAUUGAAGCAAUCCCGAAACCAGCCAUGUACAAUCAACUGUGCUACAAGAAAGAGGGUGGACCUGACCAUAACUACACCAAGGAGAAGAUCAAGAUUGUAGAGGGAAUCUGCCUCCUGUCUGGGGACGAGGCCGAGUGGGAUGACCUCAAGCAACUGCGUAGCUCACGGGGGGGCCUUCUUCGGGAUCACGUUUGCAUGAAGACAGACACAGUGUCCAUCCAGGCCAGCUCUGGCUCCCUGGAUGACACGGAGACGGAGCAGCUGUUGCAGGAAGAGCAGUCUGAAUGUAGCAGCGUCCAUACUGCAGCCACUCCUGAACGACGGGGCUCUCUGCCAGACACGGGCUGGAAACACGAACGCAAGCUGUCCUCAGAGAGCCAGGUCUAAGUGCCCAUGUUCCCCUCCCUCCCUGCCUGUGCCUUCUCCUUAUGGCCGUCUUCUACAACAGGCCCCUUCCUAUGUCCUCAUCCCACCCCAUUACUACUCCCGAGCCCUCACGGGAGCUGUUUCCAGCUGAGUCCAUAACUACCUAUGCACAAGAAAUGACGGCACGUCUGAGAAUUUAGACCUGGAUCUUACCGUGAACCUCGCCUGUUGCACUCCGACCUGAGCUCCACCUCCCCUUCCCGUGGUGCCCUCAGUGCCUGCCCCAUAAGAGCUGAUGAUCCAAGAUGGCACUCUCCCCCAUCAGAGCUGGCCUGACCACUUCUCUGAGAGAAAUGGCCCACCAGGGGCGGGGACAGGGGGUUAUGGGUAAAGAGAGAGAUGAAGGAUAGGGGCUGAGAGGAGGAGGCGUCAGCCCAGCUGGUAUGGGCUUCUGGGAAACCUCUAGCCUCAAGUGCAUUGGUAACAGGAAAAAGCUUUCAGGGGUGGUGAGGCCUAGGUGUUCUAUCCAUUGCUGGCAAUGGAUAUUAUUUUCACUUUAAGAGUUGCUCUGUUUCCAUUGGUGAGAUCUGGGUGUGGCUCGAGCUACUCCUCCUGCUAGAACGUCUGGAGCUUUUUCUACCUUCAGAUGAUGACUGGAGGCCCCAGCGUGGCAGCUGGCUAAUAUGAAUUCCCUCCUGGUGCCACCACAGGCCAGUACCUUCCUAAGUCUUUGACUCUGAGUAACCAGGUUGUGAGCUAGUGGCUGGAGGGACUGUGGGGCCCUGAGGGCUGAGUCUGCAGCGUCUGAGAAGCAUUGCCUGGACCAGACAUAGCUUGUCACCUGAACUUGAGUGUUCUGCUCCUCUGUCCCUCCUCAUUCUCUGGGAUCCGAGCAUCAAGAUCCUGAAACAACCUUUCAAAGAACGGCCAGAAGUUUUCAUAAAUGGUCAGGAAGAGUGAUUGGGUUAGAGACUUGGGGCCCGCAGGGCCUAAAGGGAAGUGUCCAUGAGGUUGAACUUCCUGUGUUCUCUCUCAGAUGCUCAGGGAUCUAAGUAUGGCUGUGGGUGGUGAAGUUCCCAUUCCAACUCUCUUCCCAGCUGAGUGACUUAUUUUCCAUGCUGAGGUGCCCUCUCUUGGUUCAUGCUUAUUUACACAAAGGGCACAUGUCUCACGCUAGUACCAGGGGAGUUGAGACUUUUCUGUCCUAAAACUUCCACCUAGCUUCUCUCUCUCUCUCUCUCUCCCCCUCCCUCUUUCCCUCCCUCUUCUUCCCUCUUUGCCUAAUUUGCUUUCUCUGACUAGCCUUGUGGCACCUAUGGUGAGGAGGGCUAAAUAAAGAUGCAAAAUGGGGGGCAAGGACGAAAAAGGUAGAACCACUGAUGAAACCCUCUCACCCGGGGCAGAUGCAGACCUCUUCCCCCCAGGAAUUAGGGACAACAGGGGCUGAGAAUGGAGGGGAGGUCUUCUAGGGGAAGUUUCCUGAUUUGAAGUAUCUCCUGUGGUUAUUAGUAUUGAGAAAUCAGUGUCAAAUGUGAAUGAAAAAGGAAGAUAAGAGCAAACCUUUUCUGGUCAGUUCUAAGACUGCUAGAGACAGAUGCCAAGCCCUUAGCCCUGCUCUCAGCAGCUGGCCCCAGGUCUAGGCCUGCACAGGACAGCCAGGCCAGACUAAGAAGGCUUUUCCAGUGCACAGAGUUGGAAGGGUGAGGUGCCACUUCCAGGAGGAAAGCAUGAUACAGAGCACUUUGGGCUCUCAGAUUCACCGUUAGGGACAGGAGAAAAGAGGAAAGUGGCAUUUUCUUGACUGAAAAGGGGGAAGGAUCUUAUGGCACUUGGGCUGUUCAGAAUGUAGAAAGGACAUUUGAAGAAAUAUCUAUUUGAGCACUGAUUUACUGUGUAAAAAGCAAAAUCUCUCUGUCCUAAACUAAUGGAAGUGAUUCUCCUGCGCUCAUGUGUAAUGGUUUUAACGUUACUCACUGGAGAGAUUGGCCUUACUGGAGUUAUUUAACCACUACGUUCAGUAUUUUAGGACUUCAUGAUAAUUUAAUAUAAAUUUAGCUUUUCUUAAUCACCCUGCCUGGCUUGGCGUCAUGACGAAUAACUGCACCUGCUCUGUCUGGCAGACCCAGGCUAUGGGAAACCUGCUGUGGGCAUCACCUCUGAGCCUUUUGGGGGGGUGGGAUGGUGAAAAGCAAUAAAGGGUAUGAGGUUCGUGGCUGGAGGUUCAGCUCAUCUUGAGAACACAGGUCAAGACCAGAGUUCACUGGCUUCUGAAGUCCUUAUUUCCUCUGGAGGAAGAAUGGCAGGUUUUAUCUUGAGUACCAACACUAAUUGGCUGUAGUGGCUGCCUGAAAUCCUAUCCAGACUCAGUGGGAAAAGUUCAUGAUCUUUAGGGAAAAGUUCAUGAUCGAGCACCAGAAGGAAGUGUCAUGGCACGUAUACCCUGUAUCUUCUAUUUCUGUUCUAGGGCUAUGAGGAUGUCAGUGUCACAGAACUUGACUUUGCCUUGAAGUGAUGGUCCCUGGCAAGACUGUCAUAUGUACAGAAAGUACUGGAAUGCGGACAAGGAGAGCUAAUUCUGGUCCCAGAUCUGCCACUGGCUCUGUUUGAUCGUAGUCAAGUUUCACAGUUACUCUGAGAAUGGAUCAAACGAACACUAAUAUGCUUUUAUUUUAAAAAAGCUGUCCUCCCUUAGCUCGUCCACUACACCUCAAGGCUAGACCAAGGAGUUGGGGAUCCCUUCUCAGUUUCUCUGGACAUACCUUUCAGUGAAGAUUGGGUAUCGUGCAAGUCUUAAUGCCAGAUACAGAAUUUGGUGUCAGGGCUCAAUAGUUGAUUUUCUAAACCACAAGCCAUUUGUUUAAUAAUGCUCCCAUUCAUUCGUCUCCUACUAGGGGCCAAGCACUGCCCAGGCCUGAUGGAAGAGCUUAGAGUCUGGCAACAGUGUCCCCCGCCUACCCCCACCCCCCAAAAAAAAGAAAGAAAAAGCAAGACAUACUGAAGCCUCUUAUAUUUAAAUGACAAAAGAUGUGAGUGUAAAUUAUAGUGUAUAAUAAUUCUUUCAAGUUUGGUGAGGGGUAGGUGUGCUAUUACAAAAACAAGUGAAAUAACUCAAGGACAACCACCACCCCGCCACACACACACACACACACACACACACACACUCUCUCUCUCCACUAUUCUUUUUUGAAAACAAAAAACAAAACUCACAAAGAGAAAAGGAUGUUUAAAGCAGUGAAACCCAGCCUAAAGCACAAGCCUGUAUACCUGUAGGAAGUGCCCUGUCCCAAAGCCUCAGGGUUACGGGCCAGGACAUGAACAGUGACCACUAGAGCUGAAACUCAGGAAGAACUUUUCAAAUGGGAAGAACAGAAUGAAUGCAUUGAACACACACCAUUUGCUUUGAAAAUGAGAUGUUUCUGGGAGAACAAAGUUUGGUGAACGCAUUUUGCUACCUAUGACCACAUCAGACAGUUUAACCCGGCAUUCCACGCUGUGUAGUCUUAAAAGUCCUGCUAACCUUUGACUGUCCGAUCACGUCAGCAGGAGACAGGACAGGAGAGCAGGGCUGGCCUCUGGUCACGUCAGCAGGAGAUGGGAGAGAACAGGGUUGGCCUGAUGGACCAGGUCUUGACAAGAACUUGGCUGGUGGCCAAUGAGAAUUUAAUAACAGUGUCAAGGACUAGCACCCCAUUUUCAGGUGAUAAAAAUGCACUGGCUAUUAGUUUCCUUUCCUGAUCAGUAAAUUGAAGAGAUUGAACUAGAUGAUUGCUAUGGUCAUUUCUAGCCUGAAACUUGUAUUAUGUUCCUUUCGCGAAAUCUUGGGGAUAAAACAAAGGUUGAGAAUUCCUUGUCUGGUUUCUCUGGAUAUAAAACCUGAGACUGAUAAGUACGGAGAUGAUGAGUCUAAUAAACUGGACAUAUUUGUGCAAACUAAUUACAUUCACAAUACAGUCACUGCCUUCUUUCUAUAUUGUACGAACAAACUGGAAGCUAAGAUGAGAAGAGCUCUGUGGCCCCAUACAGAGGUCUCCAUGGCAUGAAGUGAAGUUUUCACCAAACCUAGGCCUGCAGAAAACAGUCAGUGCUACACAGGAACUUGGAAAAAGCUGAGGGCGCACAAGUUUCUAAGUGUAACGCACUGACAUUCGAGGGCAUAUAGUCAGCUUUAGUUAUUUCAGCUUAUGGACAUAAUGAUUUAAAAAAUAUGCUUACACUCUUUAUUUGGUGAAGAAACAGUCUAUAAGUUUGUCUUUUCUUAAUAUGUGAAGAUGACUCCACUGAUCCACUUAAUAGAUGUGUGUUUGGGGAUGUUUCAGGCAGCCUUUGUUUUGAAACAUUCCCUCACUCAUUUAUUUUCUCUCCAGAGUCUUCUCCCUGGUUAACCAGCUGGCAGAGGCUAAGCAGAGCCCAGCAUAGGGAACAGGUUCAUUUCUAGUCAAGGCUCCAACUCACAACUUUGGACUCCUUGACAUGAUGUUAAAACAGAUCCAGGCAGCUAAAUUAAGAGCCUGAAUUUAAACCCAAGGCUGAAGUUAGCCCGAAGCUACACAAUCUGCUUAUUUUAUUUUACAAGGCACAAAGAGCCAAGAACUCACUUAUCUUGCCCUUCUCAGUGGUUUUUCCACCUCCAGCCCCUAAAUUGCUGUUGACAGCCUGCUAAGGAGGUCCCUAUCUCUUCCUUCUGCCUCCUUCCUCUUUGGUGGGGCUGAUGCUUCUGUGGUCAAAAUUCUUGGAAAGCUUGCCUUUGGGGGGCUAUGGGAAAAUGGGCUGAGAAAAGGGAAAAAAAAAAGGCUAUUCAUUCAUUCAAACAGCACCUAUUAAAUUGCAACCAGGUGCAAGCCUGCAUAGGCUUUGCAAUGUUGGAGGCCAGUCAAGGCAUAAAACCCAUAGCCACUUGAGACCUGUGUUAAUGUCACCACCAGUAUCUCCAGAGAAUAAUGCAGGGGGUACCUGGACAGAAACUUGAAGUUAAUCAUCGAAGCUGCUCUUCUUAGGCUGGAAAUGUGGAUCCAUGUCCCAUCUUAAGGAUGUUUCAAGCAGAAUGCAGCUUGUGAUUAUGAUGGAAUGAGCACUAUCCCAACCUUAGCAGGCUUUCCAGAAAUACCCAGCACAGUUAUUCAGCAGCCACAAUGCUUGGCAUUUGUUUCCUGCUUCCGGUUGCAGUAACAUAGUGUUCACUUUGAUCUCUGAUGCCCACAAGGGUUUCAUUGAUACUUUCCUUAUGCAGAACUAUUGAGAGGCCCCUGGAAUAAAGUAGGCACGCAUCACUCUAAUAAACACAUAGAUAAAUGCUAUUUGAUGAUAAUCCUGGACUGCAAAAGAUGACGAGCCAAACAUUUAUUGAACACCUACUAUGGGCAAGGUACUGUAUUGGGUUUCUAGAAGGCCCUACAGGAUCUGCCUCUCUCCCUCCGUUCUCUAGUAUCAGACCUCAUCUACUAACUACCGUCUUACUGCCAAGUACAUACUCUGAUUGAGCUAUGCUGGCCUUCCUGUUUCUCAAACCUGCCAGGUACACUCCUCACUUAGAAUCAUUACAUAGAUAUUUCCUCCGAUUGGCACUUUCUUCCUCUAGAUAUACUCAGGGCUAACAGCUUUGCCUUCAAGUCUUCGCUCAAAUGUAAUCUCAACGAAAACUACUCUGACUACCCUUUAUAAAAUUAUAGUCUUUCCAACCCCACUUCCCAAUUCCUUUUACCCUGUAUUCUUUUUUCUUUUCCUAUUGCACAUAUUGUGUAAUAACAUAGUAUAUAUUUAUAUGUUGAUUGUCUAUGUGUCCUCAUUGUAAUGUGAGCUCCAGGAGAGGAGGGAUUUUUUUGUGUUAUCUAUUUUGUUCAUUGAUUAUCCCAAGUACCAAGAACAAUCCCUGCACAUACUAGGUGCUCAAUAAAUAUUUGCUGAAUGAAUGAGUGAAUAAAUUAAUGGAAUCAGACAUCUAUUGCCUACCUUCUAGAAGGGCUGCACCUAAACCAUCUAAAACAAAAAAGGGAUUUUGACAUCUUGUUCUAAAACUCUCUGGAACCCACACUCCAUACGAGCUUUAUUGAGCAAAUUUCAGGUUACCAUCACCCUCUCCUUAAAUGUAAUCUUCCGUUUAUUUCUGAUAAUAUUUAAAUAAAAUAAACAUGCCAAUGA